CUCCUCUUCCCCCUCGUCUCCGAUCCGCCUUCUCCCAAAAAUAAAAAAUAAAAAUAAAAAAGUUAACCUGGCAAUCACACUCGCGGGUUAAACUAAUCCCGCGGCGAUCGCGGGAUCCGACGAGCCGCCACUACGCUUCGCCUGCUCUGCUCGAUUCCCACCGAACCCCGCCCGGCUCGUCGAGAUCCAAAUCCAGCGCCGGAAAUGCCCGAGGCGGCGCCCCCGCCGCUGCCGCUGCUGGCGGCCGCGAGCUCCCCGGCGGCGGGCCCGCUGCAGCGGGCGAGGCGGCGGCAGCUGCAGCAGCACCGGAGGGGGUGGCGGCGCCCGCGCGGGCUGCUGGCCUGGGGCGCCCUCGUGGCCUUCUUCUUCGUCAUGAACUGGUGGAUGUUCUCCCGCCUCCAGGACCCCGAAGCGCGCCCGCACUUCCGGCUGCGCCGCCACCCGCCCCGCGCGGACGCCGCCGCCCGCAACAGCUCGUCGCUCUCGACUCUGGAAGAGGUGGCUGGCACUGCUAAGGGGAAGGGGCCACACAGGGUUAUGCUUACCCGGCUGCUUGCUUUGGCAGCCCAUGCUUUGGCAGAGGCAGAGACCAGGCCUGAACCUAAGGAUUUGUGGGAAGAGCCGAUAAAUGCUACUAUGUGGCGACCAUGUUCUGACCAAAGGGAUUGGGAAGCAUCAGAGGGAACCAAUGGUUACAUCAUGAUCAGCGCGAAUGGUGGCAUAAACCAGCAAAGGGUUGCGAUUUGCAAUGCUGUUACAAUCUCCCGGCUGCUCAAUGCAACUCUUGUCAUCCCAAAAUUCUUGUACAGUAAUGUUUGGCUGGACAAAAGUCAGUUUGGCGAUAUAUAUCAGGAGGAUUAUUUUAUCAAUUAUUUGAAAUCUGAUAUUCGGAUUGUAAAGGAUCUUCCAGUAGAGCUGCAAUCACUAGACUUGGAGGUGAUCGGUAGUCUUGUUAAUGAUACAGAUGUCAUGAAAGAGGCAAAGCCCAGUUUGUAUGUGAAAAAAAUACUGCCAAUUUUACUGAGGAAUAGAGUUGUUCAUUUUAUAGGAUUUGGCAAUCGCUUAUCUUUUGACCCAAUACCUUCUGACCUUCAGAGACUGCGAUGCAGAUGUAACUUCCAUGCUCUUCGCUUUGUGCCCAAAAUUCAAGAAAUGGGUGCACUUCUUGUAGAGAGGUUACAUGGCCAUAAAUCCCAUUUGUCACCUUUGAAGGAUAGUCUUUUAGGUCAGUUUGCUGUCAAGUCUGCCCCCAGUGCAAACAAGAGUGAUGCAUCCAAAUACCUGGCUGUUCAUCUCAGGUUUGAGAUUGAUAUGGUUGCAUACUCGUUGUGUUACUUUGGUGGUGGGAAAGAUGAGGAAGAUCAAUUAGAAGCUUAUCGCCAAAUUCAUUUUCCUGUUCUGACAGAACUGAAGAAGACGACUAAGUUGCCCCCUGCUGCUUUCCUACGGUCUGAAGGCAAAUGUCCCCUUGCACCCGAAGAGGCUGUGCUUAUGCUAGCUGCUAUUGGUUUCAAGCGCAGCACAAAUAUUUACAUUGCAGGUGCUGAAAUUUAUGGAGGGAGGCAUAGGAUGGCUGCCAUAAGUCGUCUUUAUCCUGCUUUAUUAACUAAAGAAACCCUUCUUUCUCCAUCUGAGCUUGAACCAUUUAAGAAUUUCUCAUCUCAGUUGGCAGCUCUGGACUUCAUUGCAUGUGCAGCUGCUGAUGCAUUUGCUAUGACUGACCCAGGAAGUCAGUUUUCUUCACUUGUUCAAGGCUACCGCAUGUACUAUGGUGGUGGGAACCUUCCCACAAUAAGACCAAAUAAACGGCGGCUAGCUAGCAUAUUUGUGAAGAAUGGCACGAUCGAGUGGCAAGAAUUUCAAACAAGAGUAAGAAAACUAAUACAGCAAACUAAGCAAGUUCAUGAGAGGCCUGUUGCAAGAAGCAUAUUUAGACAUCCACGAUGUCCAGAGUGCAUGUGCAGAACAGAGCAUUGAGACUUUGAUACUUUCUUGUGCCUAUACCCAAUACUUUUUUCAGAGAAAGACUAUGCCAAUGAGAUCACCAAAGCUAGUUCUUUUGUGCUUCGGCUGACACCUAGGCAUAUCUGCUACUGAACUGCUAUUGGAAUCACAUUGAAACAAGAAAGUACAUUUAUUGAACUCUUACAAUUACAGUAGAGAAGCAGUAUAGCCGACCAGCUUCAUCCAUUCUCUUACUGACGCAAUCUGUGAUCUACUACUACUGAACAUUAUGUUGGAUUUGGAAUUUUGGAUUAUUUGUCAGAGUGUCCUGUGUGAUGGAAGUGGAUCAGGGACUCAAUUUUGCAUCUGCAUCAGUGCUGCCAUAUUUCUCAUGGGGCAGGGGCAUAGUUGAACUAUUGUGUGAAUGGAGAUGUACCAUCUCAUCUGACCAAAGGAAUACUAUGUUGAGCAAGCCAAGCAACAGAUUUCUGGCUUAGCAGUGCCUUAAUUGUACUCGGAUUAUCAUUCGACAGGUCAGCUUGCUAGAAUUUUGUGAACACAAUAUGCUAUGUCCAUUGUGAUUAGUUAUCAUUUGAUGGGUCAGGUGCCAUCUCCAGUUUUGGAUUCCCUUUUUUACCAUUCUUUUGUUCAUCGAGUGGCGUUGUACCAUAAGAGGCGUAUAUAGCAAUGUUGUAAGAUUAUGUCAAAUUGCAAAAGAUCUCAUUACCAGUAAGAGGAAUGCUCCUUUUUGUGCAAACUCAAUCUGUGCUAAUCCAAGGGCAAUCAUGUAUA